GAGGAGCAAAUGACUUAAAAAGAAGGAAAAGUUGGACCAACGCCAUGGCCCAUACGCAGAUUGGACGAGAACACGAUGAAAUCGUGGAGUCCAUCUCAAUCAGCUGUUGUUUGCAAGGCACAUUUUACUGAAAAAGACUACGUGCAGGAAACUAUUCAUGGGCACAAACCCACCAUACAGAGACUUAAGUCUACUGCCAAUCCCAGCCUAUUUUCCUGGACCAAGCAAGAGACUGAAUCGUCCGCAAAAAGAAAAAUCAGGGCAGUUUUCUGUGAAAACAAAAGAACUAAACUUGAUGAAUAUUGUAGUAGAAAUCUAGAGGAAAUUUUUGAUUGUAAAGUUGGUUUUCCUGAAGAAGUAAUUCAUACUGCAGACAGGAUUUAUGACUGUCCACCACCAACUGCCGAGCUAAUGUUGAGCUUCACAGAUGGAAUUACGCAAACACCAUCAAUGCCUAUAUUUUCAGCAGAGAAUUUUGAAAUGAAGACACGUGACACAGCCAUGCAUUUUUAUACCGGUUUAGAGUUGUAUACUAAAUUUUUAUUUGUUUUGACCACACUUGGUCCAACAGCACAUUGUUUGAGAUGCAUAUAUUUUCAAAUUGAUAGGGUGUCAUUUGAAAAUCAGUUUUUUUAUGACUUUGAUGAAAUUGAUGCAUUAUACAACCAACUUUGAACUGUCUAGAUUCUAGAUUGAAACUAGUGUUAAGAAUAUUGUGUAAACAU